AUGGAAACGAUAGACGAAUUGAAACGUCAACGAACGACGCUCAAGGCUCGCGCUACCAGGUUCAAAACCUUCUUAGAAAAUUACCAAGAUAGCUUUGAAAAUCGCUUAAUAUUAGAAGUAAGGUUAGAAAAAUAUAACGACUUGUGGCAUGAGUAUCACGUAUUACAAACAAAGAUCGACGCGAUUCUUUCCGACUCUGACGUCACAGAUCGCGAGAGAUUUGAGGAAGCAUUUUUUACAGUGCAAGCUGCGGCGCGAUCGAAACUCGUACAACACAGUGUUAACAGAGUAGAGUCUCGUUCCGUCCAUCAAGCAGAACAACAUGUUCAAGAUGCGCCAAACGCGAUAAAUAAUAAAACGGUGCGAUUGCCUGUAAUAACUCUGCCGAAUUUCAGCGGAAGUUAUGAACAGUGGCAACAAUUUAAUGACACUUUCAGAGCAUUGGUUCAUGACAAUCCUAACCUCACCGCGGUUCAGAAGUUUUACUAUUUGAAAUCUGCUCUGUCAGGUUCCGCAUCUCAAGUAAUAGAGUCAUUGCAAACAACUAAUGAGAAUUAUGAUAUAGCAUUAGAGUUAUUAACUAACAGAUUCUCUAAUCUGCGUUUGACUAUACAUCAUCAUAUUCACGAGUUAUUUAGUACACCUCCAAUACCGAAAGAAUCUGCAGAGUUAUUGCGAGCGUUGCUGGACAAUUUUCAGAAACACUUGCGAGUGUUGCAACAAUUGAAAGAACCUGUAGAUAACAAGUUGGAUUCAGUGACAAGGAAAGAGUGGGAAUUGAAGGUCGUUCAGGACAAGCUGUCGACUACUACACAAUUGAUUGAAUUCAUUAAUACACGAUGCGAAUACCUUGAAGCUCUUCGCCCUGCGCAGGUAACGAACAAUCUUGUAAAGGCGGCGACACAGAAAACAAACGUAAACAAAGGUAAAAAUGCGACUGUAGCAUGUAUAGCUACGAACGAAACAGGUUCAAAUCACUUAUCACAAAAAUGCACGUCACGAAAUUGCAAACAUUGUUCAAAGAGACACCACUCUCUGCUUCAUUUGAACGAGCGAUCUAGCGAUGAUACUCAGAACGCAGUAUUGUCUAACAAUGCAUCCGCAAGUUCAAUUGAUUCCAAUGUGAAGACUCAGGCAUGCGAGACGCCGGCUACGACGUCGGUCUCCAUGAAGACGGUCGGAUCUAACAAACUUAAACCAGAAGUUCUGUUGUCAACAGCUGUUCUGUAUAUCCGCGAUGAUGCCGGUAAUUUUCAUAAAGUGCGUGCAUUGUUGGAUAAUGGCUCGCAGUCGAAUUUUAUCGCUAAAACAACAUGUCAGAAAUUAGGUCUUAAGACAAGUAUAACGAAGCAUUUAAUUUCAUGUCUAAAUGUGACGGAAACGCAAAUCACGGAAACAGUACGGACUACAAUAGUCUCUUCUAACACGACUUACGAGACGGACGUUAACCUAUUUGUUGUUGAUCAAAUCACACGUCCUAUCCCUACCAAACCCAUUAACAUGAGAGAUAUUCUGGGACAUCUUGGAAACGGACAGAAUUCAACUAGGAGCUAA